UGAAAUUAAAAUUUAAAGUUACAAAGUUGAAAGAAGGUACUUAUCUACCUAUUCAAAAUAGUAAACAAUCUGAUAUUAAUGUUGCAUUUUAAUGACCAAACCAUUUUAAUAUUCUCACAUAUAUGGUUAUAACAUUUCAUUUCUAAAAUAAUUCUGUGUAUUGAAGCAAUAAACAUUGUAGCUUCAAUUGUAAUUAAUAAAACCAACUACCAAGUAAACAUAACCUAUAGUUCAAAACAUGGAGACUGAAACCAUGAAGGAAGUUGGCAAAAUAUGUAUCCCGGGAAUGAGGUUAAGUUCAUCAGACAAAGGUCAUUUAGCCGGACCGGGAACUUAUGAAUUAAAAGGUUAUAUCUAUUCAAUGUUGACAGGAGUGUUAAAAACCGAAGAAGACGAAGAAAGGAAGGCGACAAGAAUAUGUGUAGUUAGUCCAAGGACACCAAGUGUACUGCCAGUAACAGGGGAUAUUGUCACAGCUAAAGUAACUGUAGUUAAUUCAAGACAAGUCAAUUGUAUCAUUCUCUGUGUAGGUCCAUCUCCACUGGUCAGGCCUUAUAGAGGAAUCCUUAAAAAGGAAGAUAUAAAAUUCACAGAUAAAGAUAGAAUAGAUCCAUAUAAAUGUUUCAGACCAGGCGACAUUAUAUUAGCAAGAGUUUUGCCCAUGACUGAAAUACAUUGGUAUCAUCUGUCUACUGCGGAAAAUGAACUUGGAGUGGUGAUUGCAACUGCCGAGGGUUCACCUCAAGGAAUAAGUAUGGUGCCUAUAAGCUGGUCUGAAAUGCAAUGCCCAAAAACUCUUGCUAAAGAACCUAGAAAAGUGGCCAGAGUUAUACCGGAAAAUAUAAACCAAGCUCUAUUUCCAGUGGAUUCUAAGGAACCACAGAAAGAAAAUGGCAUUGGAAAUAAAUAGUAUUUUUGCUAUUGAA